UUCAGAUGGAGAAAAUAAACAAUCCAAACAUCUUCAUCAUCAUCAAGAUGAUACAAUAUUAACUUCAACAACAAAUAGUUCAUUUAAUAUUCAACAACCAGGUUUACAACAUAUGAAUCGAUGUUAUACAUCAGUAAAUAGUGCUGAUUAUCGAAAUUAUUUUGCUAAGCAACGAGCUGAAAUUGAAGCUACAUCAUUUUCAAGUAGUGACUUGGAACCAACAACAUUCUCAAAUGCAUCAUCAUCCAGCAGUCUAAAUUCAGAUUCAACAAUGGCAUUAGAUACUCUUACGGUAACACUUCAUUUAAACGCAAAUAACUAUUUGAGUAUUAGUAUUGUUGGUCAAACCGAUAAAACAGGUUCAACUGAUGGAGGAAUUUAUGUUAGUUCCAUAACGAAAGGAGGUGUAGUUGCAGAAGAUGGUCGUAUUGAACCAGGCGAUAUGAUUCUUCAAGUAAAUAAUAUUAGUUUUGAAAAAUUAUCAAAUGAUGAUGCUGCUGAAAUUCUACGUGAAGCUGGCAAAACACCUGGAUUAAUUAAAUUAGUUGUAGCUAAAUGUUGGGAUUCAACUCCACGAGAUUACUUUACAUUACCUCUUCAUGAACAACCACGUCCUGUUGAUCCAUCAUCAGGUCAUGCACAUACACAAACUGUACAAAAUACAUAUGAUAAUUCUCAACAACAAAUCUUACCUCAUAAUCGACAAUCGUUACUUAAUUCAAAAGCAAAUAUGAGUUCAACCAUAUCAAGUACAAAUAAUACAAUGGUUGAUAAUGAACGUUUUAGUCUUGAUCUUACUUAUAUGAUUGGUUCUGACAUGGAUACUAUUGUGCGAGCUAUGGCUAAACCUGUUCAGGUUUAGAUAUACGUGACAGAAUAUGGUUUAAAAUAUCAAUACCAAAAUCAUUUCUUGGUAUGAAAGAAAAAAAAAUUAUUUUUAAAAAUAAUUAAUUUAUAUGAAUAUUAUUUUAGGUUCUGAUUUAGAUACUUGGUUAUUUAAAAAUGUCGAUGGAUUUCUUGUUCGAGAUGAUGCAAUAGUCUAUGCCUCAAAAAUGCUUAAAAUAGGUUAUAUUAGACAUCCAUUUCAUAAAUUAGGGUGUGGGUGUGGG